UCAUCAUCCGGCAUGUAAACCUCAGACGCAGAGGGUUCCUGCGAGCGUCUCAACUCAAAUCGGCAUGCGAAGCUAAACUAGAGCCAUUAUUUGACCCCCGGUGUAGUUUCACCCCCGCCGUCCUCGCGGCGUUAACGUUGAGCGCCGCGAGCGACUGUCGGACUCACGCUGCAGCCGCUCCGGUUAACGUUGUUCGCGGGGACCUCGGCUAGCUAACGGGGGCUGGAAACAAACGAACCCGUCCGUGGGGAAAGCUGCUGCGGGGGCCUGAGCCCGCCACACGGACACCACGGUGACCCAAAGGUAAAGUGAGCGUGAGCAGGAGACACCGCACUGGACGGUAACUUCGUCUUCCGGUGGAAGGGAGCCAACGAAGCCGACGGUGCAAUGUUGUGACUUUAGCUGGGUUCGUGCCAGAUGGAGGACAAAUUCACGACAGCGAUCCUAUCCGCUGCUAUGCCUUCCGUUGGACUGCUUUUGUAAACGUGGAAGCCAUGGCUUCUCGGAAGGGAGACGAGCUGACGAGCAGCACCAUGGAUUUGGCCUCGGCCUCUGCACAGCUUUCCCGAUGUGGCCCCGAUGACAUCACGGUAGAGCCACAGCCGGAUGUGAUGAAUGCGAAGGUGAAAUCCCAGAAAUCUGGAAAAUUUAGGAGGACUGCUCUGACUUUUUUUGGAGUACGCAAAAGCAUCUGUAUUUUACCCAGUUUCUUUGGAGGAAGGAGUAAAAAUCAGAUCAAGUGGUCUUCAAAGAAAGGAAUCGGCAAAAGCAGAACACACGAUGGGCUGAGUAAGGUUCGUCAUGAUGACAAUCUGAGCAGUCCGUGCACCUCAGCUACUGAUUGUGAGUGCCUUGGCCAGAGGGACUCAGCUGGAGAGCUCCACAGCAGCUGUCCCAAUGAAUGUAGUCAAUCCACUGCUGAACAGAAAUCAAUGACUCUUAACCGGCCAAAAAGGGGUUUGAGGAGCCUUUUUCAAAGUUUUAGGUAUCACAGAAACCACAAAAAUGUUGGCUUGGAUAAAACUGAAAUGAUUGCAGUGUCCUCUCCUCGCUGCAAGAUUGAGGUGCCUGUUGUCCAGAACAACACCAACCAGUAUGUCACAGAGUGCCUGGGAUCUGAACCUGAUGUGCCUGACUUUACGGAUGUCACAUGUGAUGUUUCCAUUGGUCCUGAACGUAUCGAUGCCGAUGAGAUGCCGUCGGAGAAGAGCGUGGAGCUCGGCAGCCCGAAGUCCGAGCUCACUGGCGAGAUGUGUGAUGAGGAACUGGAGGAAGUGAAUUUGAAGACUGUAGUUCCCAGUGAAUUGGAGGAGAGUUCGAGAGGAUACGGCGAGCCUCGUCUUAAACUCCAGACGAUGUCUGAGCCCACGUUGAAGUGGGAAACGCUCGCCGGCUCGUCGGAUCAGCUGGACCUGAUUUAUGGGGACGUUGCAUCACUAAAGAGCUUCGACUCACUCACUGGCUGUGGGGACAUUAUUGCGGAUCAAGAAGACGACAGCAUGACGGAGAGCACCAUUUCUGGAGAACGGAGCAGAAGUGGAGGAAAAAGGGCCUCUUGUUAUCUCACUUACCAGGGUGGCGGUGAGGAAAUGGCCUCCCCCCAAGACAUAGAUGAGGAGUGUCUUCAGGAUUUCUGGAGUAACAAUGAGUCCGAGGAAAUGUGCUACACCUGCAACCAGGAACUCACAGAUUUGACUCCUGACCUGACGACGAGUUCUCACAACAUGGACUUGCUGAACAGUAACAGUGCCCAGCAAGCCAGUGGCAUGGACGCUUCCUCCAUUGCUGACGCGUUGACGCCUCAAAGCGAGCAUCAAGAAUCGGUUCCAAAUAGUGAUGAAGGCUACUACGACUCAACGACACCGGGGCCCGAGGACGGACAAGAGAAAAUUGACCGACUGAAGGCAGAGAGGUUACCCAGGGACAGUUACAGCGGGGAUGCCCUCUAUGAACUCUUUGCACCCGAUGAGAGUCUCAUCAGUCCACAUUAUGAGAACAAAUCCAAACUGCCCAGUUCCAAACAGUGCGAGUAUUUAAGUGAGCCGGUGGGUGUGACAGAUUCUGCCUUUGUUCCAGAGAUGAAUCGAUUACAAAUCCGGGCUGAAAUGUACGAGGUGCACGACUUUUUCGAGAGGCCGAGCAUGUGCAGUAAAUCCUCGGAGGUGGCACAAAAUACGGUUGGUCGGCAGGAAACCGGCACGAUGAAGAACUGUAACUUGAGUUCAAAACCACAAGCCCCAGUCAACGGGAAUACAAUGGAGCCAGAUGUUUCUGCUGAAAAGGGAAAUACGUCCGCUUCCACUGAAAAACGGACCAACGCCGUAAAUGCCGAUUGUGAGAAACGGCACAGCAGUGUAUCAUUUGGAAGCACGUCUGAUCCCGAUUUUGAAACGUUUUGCGAACCCAAAGAGCAACAUCUGGAGGAAAACAAGCCUGUGGCUUUACCGUACAAGAGCAUCAGUUCUCCGUCUCUGGAUGAAAGCAACGACAAAGACGACAGGCAAACGGUCUGUUUCUCUCAAGCCCUGGUGGACUACACAAAACAUGCUCGGAUGAGGAGCAGCUCGGACAACAUCGAGGAUGACUUGGAGACAAACUCCGCCUUCACUCCAAACAUGCAGGCUUUACCGACCAUCGUGACGUUCGAUGUCGUGGAUAUGCAUAACGAGGGAGAAUACGAUGAGCAGAUUCACAUGGAGCUGGAGGAGGACAUCUCGUCGCCCUAUCAGGAAUUCGAAGAGAGCUACCUACAAAAAGAUGCGUUUGCCGAUUGCGACUAUCAGAUGUUAGACCUGUAUGAACAGAACCUGGUCAGUAAUACAUGGGCCAUCGCUAGUCUACCACGGCACCUCGGCCUGCCGCGAGUCAGUCAGUCCAUGUCUAAUCCGUUGUCUCUAGACAGGAGGAGGAGGUCUCUGGACACUGAACGCCUCGAGUUGAAGACGCCUGACGGAUACAGAGAGAACCGAGUUUCUCGUCCUCAAACCGAAAGAGACUCUGAAAGAGAUUCCUCGCCGUAUUACAAAAAGAAUGUUCUCGUGUCUGCUGCGUCCGACGUCAGAGACGGCGGCAGCAUUAUGGCCUUUUCAUGGCAAACGAGGUCAGAAAUGGCUUCAAGCCUUCCCCUGACGGAUGGGAAAUUCAACGAAAAAGGUCCGAGUCUCAGUCAACCUCAAGUUAAGCACAAAAUAUUUUCGGACGUAUCGAGCAGCGACUGCGCCAACAGUAAAACGCAAUUGUGCUCGACGCCGUCGGACAGGGUGUCCUGUGAUUUGAUUUCGCAGAAUACAGAGCCGUGCACUCGGCAGCGUCGCCUUCCUUCGCAGUCGGAUUCUUGUGGACCUUCUCACAGCACCUUUGUUUACACGGGAGUGACGGACGAUGACUCUGAUAAUGUCGACGAGGCGGAUGUUUAUUGUAACGCUGCCACUAAUUUGCAGUCCUAUAAUCCGCGUGGUAAAAGCAGGGAAGGGAUAUCUCGUACCGCGAGUCCUCUGAAUGCAGGUGUGUCCAAAAGCGAAAUGACACCCCUGGAUGUUGCCUGCAACAAACUCCCAGAGGCAACCUUCAAUUAAUAAGCUCCCGGCAUUGAAAUCACACUCCUAUGUGCUAUCGAGUGCUUUAAUGUGGCAUCUAAAGGAGUAACCGUUAGUUUUUACCUGUACGACAGAUUCGUUUGAGAAGUUGCCGUACAUCGUAAAAGACGUGAAACUAUUCUUCCACGUGGGGAGCGCUCUCACUGGGAGGUCUGCUUUUCCACAGUAACAGCAGCUCGUUUCACAAAGUGGUCACAGAAUCAUCUCAUUAAGCUACUUGGUUUGACUAAAAUGUUUAUACUCACACAUAGCCUCAGUGUUCAGGUCUCGAUAGUAGUGCCACGCUUUAUUUAAUGGCUCUUCAUUAGCCCUGUUUCCAUAGCACAGCCAAACGGGGCCAGCCAGGUCUUGCUUGCUUUGCCAACUGGCCCGAAAAACCCGUGUGCUUAUGCUUUGAGUGCCGGCUUAUGUUUGCGUUUACGACUUCUUCUUUUUUUCUCCAACGCCUCUCUUUAUUCCAGUCAGGUUUAUGUAGGCCUGUCAUGAUGCUCAGAUAUACUAUGUUUAGCAGUUUUCUUGAGGUACCUCUUUUCAGGAUAGUUUGAAGGCCUGACAAACCAAAUCAGCCUUAAUGUGGUUGUUUUAUAAUUUAUUUUCCUCCCAAUAGCUUCACCACCUGUGAAUUUAAAAUUCUUACUGAAAAGAUUUACUCCGUUAUUACAUUACUGUACGCUGGUGGAAAUGUACAUUGGACUUUUUUGUUUUAAAAAAUAUUGUAUGUCAAAAGAUAAACUAGUGUUUUCACCUUGUAUCAUUUUGUGUGUGCAUUGAAUGUUUUGAUCAGAGGUUAAACUGUCAGAUGAUGUUUUUUUAUAGUGUAAUACUGAAGAAAUGUCAUAGAAUUUGUAUUUAUAUUCUCAGCUAUUUGUACACUCUUAACAUUGUAUUCAGAAUGGUUGUUACAAAUAGGCAAUAUUGGUUUUCUAUUAAGUUACACCCAUGUUACGUUAGGGAAGAUUCCUUUUGAAAAUCUGUUACUAUUUUGUCACUGCCUUAUAAAAGAAUAAACAACUUUUUUUUCAA